AUGGAGGGAGGGAGAGGGAGGAAGGGGUGCAUCAGAGCCAGCCGGGGGCCGUGGGUGGUGAGGCGGGUGGGGCGAGACGGUGUGCUGCGCACGUCCCUGAGGAGUCCGUCGGAGCAGGAGAGGUCGAACAACCUUGCCCGUGAGCGUCGCCGUCGGAUGGUGGCGGCGCGGAUCUUCUCCAGCCUGAGAACCCACGGCGGCUUCCCACUCCCCAAACACCCCGACCAGAACGACGUCCUCAAGGCCCUCUGUCAACAGGCCGGCUGGCACGUCGAGGAAGACGGCACCAUCCACCGCAAGGUAUUCACCCUCCCAUCAAUCUCAAGAUCGUAAUCCCGAUCAAUAUGGAUUUUUUUGAGAAAUCCUGAGGAGAGGGAGAUAGCUCUGAGGGAUCGAUUACACCAGCGGGUGGGGACUCGGAGAUAACAAAACUCUCUCUCUCUCUCUCUCUCUCUCUCUCUCUAUGUAAAUAUUAUCUUACGUAUGAUCAUUGA